GUAUUGAGGAGUGGACGAAGGAUUUCGAGAGAAAUUCCAACGUCAAAAGAAUGAACCUAGGGAGAGAAGAAGACAAAAUGAUGUGCAUGACAAGGAUGAGGCUUUCUUCAUAACAAAUAAUGGGUGGUAGAGGAGUUAUUGGGGAUAAAUGGUCAAUGAGGAUUCUGUGGGCUUGUGCGAUUGGAAGUGCUCUAGGCCUGUGGAUGGUUGGUGUUGAAAGGCAGGCUCAGAACAGGGAACGGGCUAUGGCUGAAAGCUUGAAGGCUAUGGAUUCAGGUGCAGAUGGUCAACCCAGUGGUGAAGAAGUUUGAAUAAUUAACUAGAAUAGUUGAUCCCGGGCCUUUAUCCUUGAGACAUGACAAACCGUUUCUUUGGCUCCUUCCGUAGAACUUUUCUUUCCCCUUUCCUUGGUCUUUACUCUUUGAAGCGUCAUCCCUUUAGGUCGGGUUUCCAUGAGUACCAGAUGAUUGUUUCUCCAGCUGAAGCUUUCAUUCCAUGCAAUCCCUGGAGAACUUCUUGGGUCUUCAGGAAUUUGAGCCAUGGCUUAGUAAAUCUAGUCAUUUCUCAAGGGAAGCCCAAGUUUGAAAUGCAUGAAAUUGAGCCCCCGAAGAAGGAGAAGUGGAAGACCAAGAAGCGAUUAAAAUUGCAGCGAAAGAGAGAGAAGCGAAAGAGGAAAGCAGCAAAUAAGAGGGAUCCACGAUGUCUUGGGGUCAAGGGUAGGAAGCAGAAAUUUCCAAACGCCGAGGCUAGAAUCAAAUACAAGAUUGAAAAGGCCAAAAUCAAGGAAGCUUUAUUAAUUGAGAGGUUGAAGAGGUAUGAAGUCCCUAAAGUUCAGGGCCCAGUGGUUCAACCAGACAACCUCACUGGUGAAGAGCGGUUCUACAUGAAAAAGAUGGCCCAGAAAAGGUCUAAUUAUGUGCCAGUUGGCAGAAGAGGGGUUUUUGGUGGUGUUAUUCUUAAUAUGCAUCUGCACUGGAAGAAGCAUGAAACUGUUAAGGUCAUAUGCAAGCCUUGUAAACCUGGUCAAGUACAUGAGUAUACAAGGGAGAUUGCUAGAUUGAGUGGUGGUAUCCCAAUUCAGAUAAUUGGAGAUGACACUAUAAUAUUCUAUCGGGGAAUAAAUUAUAUUCAGCCAGGAAUUAUGUCUCCUUUUGAUACACUGUCCAAGAAAAGGGCACUUGAAAAAUCAAAGUACAAGCAGUCACUUGAUUCUCUGAGGCGCUUCAUAGCUGUAGCCGAGAAGGAGUUGGAACUCUAUUAUAGGCAUGUUGCACUCUGUGGUGACCCGGUUACUUGGUGCUCCAGUUCAACCUUGCCCAGUCCUAGGAAAGUGUCUUGUGAACAAGGAAUCUCCAAAGAAAUUGAUUCAGGAAGCCUUGAUUCAACUAGUCAUGCCUCGACAAAUCGUUCAGAAGUUGAGAACUUUGUAGGUCCAGAGUCAUCACUAGCUGAUGUUGACUCUGAAGAUGAAUUCUUGAUGGGAAUUGCAGUUGAUUUUGAGGACUCCAACAUACCAAGUACUGAUUUUGAUUCCAAUGAUGAAGAAAGCUCUUCUGCCCAGCAAGAGAGAGAGAGAGAGAGAGAGAGAGAGAGAGAGCUUUGCCAGUUCAGCUUCAACGGUUGGACACGGGAUUCUGAUGAUCCAGAUUUUCUUUGGUAGAUUUGCAAAUUAAGAAGUUUUGAGUUCUUUUAUUUAGGAGGCUAAGGUACCUAUGAGGUUGUGAAUGUGAUCUGAAGAUUUUCAUCAACUUAUGGUAUAAGCUUAAUUGACAAAAAAUGUUAUGGACUUGACAAUUUUAUUUGUUCGUUAUACUCUUCAAACAGGGCUUAAAUUUCCACAUUGGAAGGUUGAAAUAAAAAGGAUCUUGAUGGUUGUUUGUUUC